AUGGCCCGCGCACAUGUCGAAGAUGAUGAUGAGCUCGAUCAAGAGAUUGAGGCCCAGGUCAACGAAUGGUCAGCAAACAGCACCGAAUGCUUCAGCAUCGAAUUAGUGAGGAGCGAUGGAUCCGAUAUUGUCGCCUUCGAGCCUGCAUACACAUACGCUAUGUUCGGGGAGGAAGAAGCAAUCUUCGGAUACCAGGGCUUGGAAAUCAACCUUCGCUUCGUAGCACACGAUCUUACACCAAGCCUCAGCAUCAGCCAUGCGAAAGUCUUUCCGGCACAGGGAGAUGUGCAGCCAACAGAUAUCAAAGGCGCUCUUAGGAAAUACCUGCCUACGCACGCAUUUGAGGAAGAUGGCGAACAAGCAAUCACAUCGGCACAAGACUGGCGUCCACCCGGAGAAAAGAUCCAAUCUUACGAUCGCGAAGGAACGAGCUUUGAGAUAUGGUGUGCAAGUCUUGCAGAUCCGGCGGCGAAGAGGCUACUAGAGAACAUGCAAAUACUCGCACCACUCUUCAUCGACGGCGGAAGCAUGCUUGAGCUGGAGCAAGAUUGGACUACGGCACGCUGGAAGUUGUACACUCUUUAUGAGGUUGAGAGCGAGACGAGCGCAAACAAUUCUCCAUAUGUCCUUGCUGGUUACAGCACAUCAUAUCGAAGCUUUACCUUUCCCGAUCGAUUGGAUGCGUUGGACCUUUCUUCGCCAUUAUAUCUUCCAAGUCGCGAGCGUCUGUCACAAUUUCUAAUCCUUCCCUCCCAUCAGUCUUCUGGACAUGGCCAGGCACUCUACAACACAAUGUACAAGCAUUUGACUGCGCCAAACUAUGUGCGUGAAUUCACCAUUGAGGAUCCAAACGAAGACUUUGAUCAGCUGCGGGAUGUAUGCGAUCUGCUCCUUUUGCGACAAGAUUCGAAAUUUCGGUCAUUGGGCGUUCAAGCAGAUUCAAUUCCGGUAGACAAAUUGUCCGCAGAGUCAGAAGUCCCUACAGAUCUCAUCAUUCCCAUCCAGCUUCGAGACUCAUUAAGAGAACAGUACAAAUUACAAUCCCGCCAAUUCGCCCGCCUAGUAGAAAUUCAAGCACUCUCCCAAAUACCCGCUUUACACCGAUCCAAAGCACGUAUCACACGCAAGGAGAAAUCCACCAAUCAGCAUGACAAGGAAUAUUUCUUCUGGCGCCUCUACACAAAACAGCGGCUGUACAUUUUCAACCGGGACCAGAUUUCACAGCUAGAAGCAUCCGAGCGGGUCGAGAAGCUUGACGCCGCGCUCGACAGCGUUGUUGAGGGAUACCAAGAGAUCCUGGAGAGGGUAGAACGCAUCGAAAAGGAGAGGCCUACAUUGUCGGAAGAAAUGUCAUUUCGAAACAAGCGGAAAAGGAGAAACGUGGUCGACGAUGACGAUGAGGAAGAAGACAGUGGCGAUGUAAACGACAAUGAGGGUAAUGAGUCUGAACGUGCGCAUACCGGAGGCAAAAAGCCACGUAUUGAAUGAUUGAUCGUUUCUCUUCUGAUUUUGAUGCUUAAUCCUAUCAACCACGAACAUGAGCAUGGUGCUUCGGCGCAAUCAAAGAAGUAUCAAGAAGAUGCUGGAGAACGUGUGUGCCGUAAAGCAAAGCUUAUAUUUCCUCGUCGCAUGAGUGAGGGAAAGGUCAGAUGUAUGGCUCGUGAUCCGCGAGGUCUAUGUGUCUUUCACGUGUGCCAAAUCCCCCUAUGAUGAACUUUUGGCAUUUCCACUCCUUCGAGUGUCACUCAAGCCGGACCGGUCGGG